AUAAUUUUAUAUGAAUUUUUUUACACGUUUUGUCAUAAUCUAGUUUACUAUCAAAACAAUAACAUACAUUUAUAGAGGAUAUUUAAUUUCUCAAAUCUUAAUAUCUUAAAAUCCUGGUACUAUUUGUUGCCCUUGUAGGAUCUUUAAAUCCUGGAACUCUUUGUUUUCCUGGUAGGAUCUUUAAGAUCAUAACGCAAGAUAUGGAUUGUGACAUUUGCUGUAGGUACAACGUACAAAUAAUUUAUCUAAUUGAAGGCAAUGCUGUUGUAUUCAGAAAGCUGUUCAGUAGUAGCGCCAAAACUGAAUGUCCGACACUCAGUUGGAGAAGCGAGGAAAAGCAUGCGUGCUUGGUGGCGGAUCCUCCAAAAUCCCAUUUUUAUCUUCUUCCCCAAUACCAACAUUAAUUAAAAAAAAACUAGCAAUUUCCUCAAUUUCUCCUCUUCGGAUUCCCAUUCCUUAUCUCUCUCUUCUGUUUCAUUGUGUUCUCCAAUUGUUGUAAUCGAUACAAUGUCUCUAUCUGUCUUCUCUCCACAUCUAUAUAUCGUUGUAUACUUUCAGCUUCUCAGCGCUACUUUCAGUUCCUCGUUUAUCUGCAAUUGUGUUCCAUUCCUCCUUGUCUGGAUCAUCGACGUCGGAUAGUGGUGCGCUCCAUUUUUGAUGUUGUAACUUGUUCUCAAGCCGACACAACAGACUUUUAUGCAUAAGAGGAUCAUACUUGAAGCAGAAAAAAAGGCAUUCAUGGACCAGGACAAGACAAGUGCUCUUGAGGCAAUCAACAAAGAAGCUGUUGAUUUGGAAAAUAUACCAGUGGAAGAAGUUUUCGAGAAGUUAAAAUGCACAAAAGAAGGACUUAGUUCUGAGGAGGUUGAAAAGCGUUUAAAUAUGUUUGGGUACAAUAAAUUGGAAGAAAAAAAGGAAAACAAAAUCCUCAAGUUUUUGGGGUUUAUGUGGAACCCUCUAUCAUGGGUAAUGGAAGCAGCAGCAAUCAUGGCUAUUGCCAUGGCACGAGGAGGGGGGGAGCCGGCAGACUACCAUGAUUUUGGUGGGAUAUUGGUACUUCUGCUUAUUAAUUCAACCAUCAGUUUUGUGGAGGAGAAUAACGCUGGGAAUGCAGCUGCAGCCCUCAUGGCUCGCUUGGCUCCAAGAGCUAAGGUUUUGCGUGAUGGAAAAUGGAAUGAAGAGGAUGCAGCUGUGCUGGUACCUGGAGAUAUCAUCAGUAUUAAACUAGGAGACAUUAUUCCUGCUGAUGCUCGUUUGCUUCAAGGAGAUCCUUUAAAGAUCGAUCAAUCGGCUCUUACAGGGGAAUCUCUCCCAGUAUCCAAGAAUCCAGGUGAUGGGGUAUACUCGGGCUCAACAUGCAAGCAAGGUGAAAUUGAGGCUGUUGUCAUUGCUACGGGAGUGCAUACCUUUUUCGGGAAGGCAGCUCAUCUUGUCGACAAUACUACACAUGUCGGCCACUUUCAGCAGGUUUUGACAGCAAUUGGGAACUUCUGUAUUUGCUCAAUUGCCAUCGGCAUGUUUAUUGAAUUGAUCGUAAUAUAUGCUUAUCAAAAGAGGGACUACCGCGAAGGCAUCGAUAACCUUCUUGUGAUACUCAUUGGUGGUAUCCCAAUUGCAAUGCCAACUGUUCUAUCUGUCACAAUGGCCAUUGGUUCCCAUCGCUUAUCUCAACAGGGUGCCAUAACCAAGAGAAUGACUGCCAUUGAAGAAAUGGCGGGAAUGGAUGUCUUGUGUAGUGAUAAAACCGGCACCCUAACUCUCAACAAACUUACAGUGGACAAAAAUUUGAUCGAGGUUUUUGCCACCGGUGUUGACAAAGAUACGGUUGUGUUGAUGGCUGCUAGAGCCUCAAGGUUGGAAAACCAGGAUGCCAUUGAUACUGCUAUAGUGUCAAUGCUGGCUGAUCCUAAGGAGGCACGAUAUGGGAUAACAGAAGUCCACUUCCUUCCAUUUAAUCCAACUGAUAAGCGGACAGCUUUGACGUACAUCGAUGGUGCCGGAAAGAUGCAUAGAGUCAGCAAAGGUGCACCAGAACAGAUAUUGAAUCUGGCGAAGAACAGAUCAGAGAUAGAAAAUAGGGUACACUCAGUUAUUGAUAAGUUUGCUGAACGUGGGCUUCGAUCUCUUGGAGUAGCUCGCCAGGAAGUACCUGCAAAUAGCAAAGAGAGUCCUGGUGGUCCCUGGGAGUUUGUAGGCCUUCUUCCUCUCUUUGAUCCACCUCGUCAUGACAGUGCUGAGACAAUUAGAAGAGCGUUAGAUCUUGGAGUCAGUGUUAAGAUGAUCACAGGUGACCAACUGGCAAUUGCAAAGGAGACGGGUAGACGGCUGGGAAUGGGUGUUAAUAUGUACCCAUCAUCAUCAUUGCUUGGGGAUCACAAAGACCAUCUAGUUGCAGCUCUACCCAUUGAUGAACUGAUUGAGAAAGCCGAUGGUUUUGCCGGUGUUUUUCCAGAGCACAAGUAUGAGAUAGUGAAAAUACUGCAAAGCAAAAAGCACAUUUGUGGGAUGACGGGUGAUGGCGUGAACGAUGCACCUGCACUAAAAAUAGCAGACAUCGGAAUUGCGGUGGACGACGCCACAGAUGCAGCCCGAAGUGCUUCUGAUAUCGUUCUCACCGAACCCGGCCUCAGUGUCAUCAUUAGCGCCGUCUUAACAAGCCGUGCCAUCUUCCAAAGAAUGAAAAACUACACUAUAUAUGCUGUAUCUAUCACUAUACGUAUCGUUUUGGGAUUUAUGUUGCUGACUGCUUUUUACAAAUUCAAUUUCCCUCCUCUUCUUGUUCUUGUCAUCGCUAUUCUGAAUGACGGUACUAUAAUGACUAUCUCUAAAGAUAGAGUGAAGCCAUCUCCAAGCCCGGAUAGCUGGAAGCUGAGUGAAAUUUUUGCAACCGGAGUCGUGAUAGGCACGUACCUCGCUCUAAUGACCGUCAUAUUCUUCCAUUUGGCUAGCCGUACCAGCUUUUUUGCGAAUACUUUUGGUGUGGUUGAUUUCAAUAAGCAUGAAACACAUUUUGGGGAAGAUGUUUUGAAUGCAAAACUAGCAUCGGCUGUAUAUCUUCAAGUCAGCACAAUCAGCCAAGCAUUAAUAUUUGUGACACGCUCUAGGGGUUGGUCUUUCAUGGAAAGACCAGGUCUUCUACUCGUUGCAGCCUUCAUUCUAGCUCAACUGUUUGCCACGAUAAUGUCAGCAAUGUUGACAUGGAAGUUUGCCAAGAUUGGGGAGAUUGGUUGGGGUUGGACGGGUGUUAUAUGGUUGUUUAACAUCUUGAGCUACUUGUUGCUUGAUCCUAUAAAAUUCGCUGUGAGAUAUGCACUUAGCGGGAGAGCAUGGGGACAUGUUAUCAACCGUAAGACGGCCUUCACCACGCAAAAGGACUUUGGUAGGGAAGCCCGUGCGGCAGCCUGGGCAACCGAACAACGUACACUUCAUGGCCUUGACACAUCUGAAGCAAAGAUUUUCGCUGAAAACUACACUUUUCGAGACAUAAACAUGAUGGCAGAAGAAGCAAAACGUCGUGCAGAGAUAGCAAGGUUAAGGGAAAUUCAUACUCUAAAGGGGAAAGUAGAGUCUUUUGCGAAGCUAAGAGGAUUAGAUAUCGAUGUCAACCCACAUUACACCGUCUGAUCUUGCCAUUUCUGUAAUUUUUGAGGUCGGGUUUGAUUGUGCAAAGCUCAUUCAAAUGCACAAACUUACUAAUAAUACCACCUUUUUCUUCCAUCUAUCCAAUUACUUGUACUAUUGUUUUCCUGCUAAACAAUCUCUUUUCAUCUAAGACUUGUGUAUCAUUUAUAAAUACAAGUGAAUAUAUUUUCUUAAUUAGAUAUAUGUUGGUUCUUAA